AUGGCUGACACGGAGACAGAGACUUCUCUACCUGAAGUUCAGAGAUGCUUCAAUUGCAACGCCUGGGGACUCAGAGGUGACACCAGAGUGAAUGCAAAUGAGACAGGCACAAGCCGUUUGCAAAGGAUUGUGCAAAAGGCCGCUGCGUUGUUCACCAAUGGCGUCCCAAUGGCAGCCAUGGUGAGCUGUGCCGAGCAACGGCGCUGCCCAAUCUGCAGACCAAACCAUGAGUUAGAUCAGGCAGACUUCGUGCGGUUAGAUCAAAGUGUGAAGAGCUUUACCAGGCAGUCUGUGUCCGAAGUGGUUGAACCCCCUCCCGGCUUGUCAAUCAUCGAGGAGGAGAUCGACAAGGAACCCAGCUGGACAGGAACACCAAGUCCCCGAAAAUAUCAAUGGGAAGCCUUCAGGCAAGUUUGUGAGCAAAACACCAUCGUGAACAUGGACACGGGGCUGGGGAAGACCUUGAUUGCCGUGAUGAGUAUUGAUCAUUUCAUUCGACGGCAGAAGGAGAAGAAGGUCUUGGUGUGUGUACCGACAAUUGCCUUGGCCAACCAGCAGACGCAGGUGAUCCAGGAGCAGUCCACAGUAAAAGGUCUGCGGGCCGUGGCGGUGACCAGCAAGAUCACGAGACAAACGCCAGAGUGGUGGCAGCAGCUCAAGGAUGAUUACCAGGUCUUUGUCGGAAUUGGCGCCAUCUUUCAACAGGCGCUGCUUCAGCGUGCCUUUCUGCGCCUCAGCGAGUUGAGCCUCAUCGUCUUUGACGAAUGUCGGUCACAAUGCUGUUGGAAGUCAUCCUUUCGUGUCGAUCAUGCUCCUCUUCUGAACAUGAAAUAUCGAGUUCGAACAGGACAUUGCGAUAUUGAUGCGAAAUUGCCCAUAGCCAAGUCGAAGUUCUGGUGGAAUGGAGGGGCUGUUGAUGGCUGUUGGCAGUCCCUGCUGCCAAGCUCGAGGAAAGAUCCCGUGGAGUGGAAGAAUCGACAGCAGCCGAGGGUCCUUGGACUCACAGCAAGCUAUUUGAAUGGCAGGACAGGAGACUUUCUGAAUCGGCGCCGAAAAUUGGAGGAAACGCUGCGAAGUCAAAUCUGGUGCCCCAAAGAGGAGCACAUCAAAGACCAUCUUUUCGAGCGAUCCUACACGACGAUGAGCUACGGCGGCGACAGCGAUGAACUGAAGGUCAUGAAGGCGACCAAGGCCAAGAAGGUGAACAGUGCGAUGAAGACCAAGGGUCAGAAGGCCAUGACCAAGGGAAGCCUUUUGGCUGCUUUGGCCGAUGCCACCGAACUCAAGAAGGGCGACGUGGGCAAGAUCCUGAACUCUUUGACCGAGAUUGGAACUGAGGAGGUAAAGAAGUCUGGCAAGUUCAUUCUUCCAGGGCUCUGCAUGAUCAAGACCAGGCAGAAGCCAGCCACAAAAGCAGGCAAGAAGUUGAUGUUCGGCAAGGAAGUCAUGGUGAAGGCCCAGCCUGCAAAGACUGUCGUGAAGGCAUCUCCUGUUGUCCUACAAGAGAAAUGUCAACAGAGCUUAGAGAAGGUUCUCCAGGGCUAUUCCAGUCGCGAGGGCAGCCCAUUGUGGGACUGUCGAGAGGAUUUGGAGAAGCAACAAGCCAUCGCCCAGCGUUGCUUCAAAGAGGCUGGCUUCUAUGGCUGGAGAGCCUUUCUGAAGGCCAAACUUCUUCCUGCGGUGCGUCAGAGGCUACAAGAUCAGAAGCACGAUGGAUUUUAUCUUACGCAGGCAGAGGAAGAUUGGGAUGCUAUGCGGCCCCCAGCACAACCGGAGAAGCUGAAGCAGCUGCUUCUUCUGCUACAAGACCUUAGUCAGACUGGACAGAAGAUCAGGUGCAUCAUCUUUGUGGAGCAGGUGGAUGACACCUACCCACUCUCCAAGAGCAUCGACCAUCACAUGAAGCGGCCCAUGACACGGUACGUGGCUGGCACCAGGGUCAUGUCUGCUACGCAACAGCAGAAGGCUUUGCAGGACUUCAGGGAUGGUGUUGCAUCCAUUUUGGUCGCAACGGCCGCGAUUGAAGAAGGUCUCGAUGUAGCAAGUUGCAAUGCCGUCGUUCGUUACCACAGCUUUCACACCACCAAAGCUCACAUCCAGGGCGCUGGACGGGCACGGCAGGCAUUUGCUAAGAUCUUUUACUUUGAGAAUGAUUGGAAAGAGGAGGAGACAAAGGCAGAGACCAUGCGCGAGGCUGCAAGAUUGGAGAUGACCUCAACAGCUGUGGAGUCCAUCGCCGUCGCAGAGUAUCCUUUGUUUCUUCAUCCCAACACAGAAGCACAGGUAGAUGCCUACAACUGCCUGGCCAUCCUGCAAGAAUACGCAGGCGUGAUCGUGGCAUGUCGAGUGCCAGUGGCUGUGGCUACCAAGAUGGAUGAGAUUCAAAUUGAAGAAAAGGAGGUGGCGGCAUACUGGAAGCAGGUGGCCGGUAAAGGCGAGGCCAAGUAUAGCGACUUCUCAGAUUUGUUGGACCCAGAGCGACGCAAGAGAUGGUCCAUGGACGACACUCUACAGCACCGCUUUGCCAUGGUGGCAGUGCUUCGCUUGAGCAAGGCGGGGCACAUUGAUGACCGCAACAUGCCUUCUGAACAGGCGAUGCAAGGCUAUUUUGCCGAAACGGUUUCAACAGAAGAAGCAGUUUUGAUGAAGCUGAUGAGCAAAAGGCCACCAGCCUUUGAGCAAGGCCGAUACCGCGUGAUGCCCUGCUGGGCAAAUGGAAGUUCAAUCGGUCAGAGUGAACCAGCGCCUUACCAGGAAGCGUUUCGCGACCCAGGCUGGGCAAAUGGAAGUUCAGUCGGUCAGACUGAACCAGCGCCUUACCAGGAAGCGUUUCGCGACCCAGGCUGGGCAAAUGGAAGUUCAAUCGGUCAGAGUGAACCAGCGCCUUACCAGGAAGCGUUUCGCGACCCAGGAAGCGUUUCGCGACCCAGGAAGCGUUUCGCGACCCAGGCUGGGCAAAUGGAAGUUCAAUCGGUCAGAGUGAACCAGCGCCUUACCAGGAAGCGUUUCGCGACCCAGGCUGGGCAAAUGGAAGUUCAAUCGGUCAGAGUGAACCAGCGCCUUACCAGGAAGCGUUUCGCGACCCAGGCUGGGCAAAUGGAAGUUCAGUCGGUCAGACUGAACCAACGCGACUUUACCAGGAAGCGUUUCGCGACCCAGGCAGCUUCACCCAAUCAUUUGGAGGUCGUCCUUCCCGAGCAUUCCGGGCUCGCACACAGUCGCCUUCCCAUUUCGAGAGCUGGUGCCCGGCUGAAAGUUCGCUUCGCGCUUCUACGCCGCCCCCAUAUGAGGAGAAGUCCAAGCAGGUGGGACAGGCGGCAGAGUGGACGUAGCAAUUGGAAUCAGAGGUCCGACUUUGAGGAUCAGAACCAUCGCUGGUGUGACUGGCACGGAAAUGGUUGGCGCGAUAGGGAACCAGCUUGGCAGGAGUGGAGCGACUGGAGGAACUGGGAGGACCAUGGAGAAAGCUGGAGAGACAGAGGUAAGCGCUAUGAAAGAGACUGGCAGGAACCGAGACGCGCCCGCGACGCGCGAGGGAACAGAGGAUGGGACCGAUGGGAGGAGCGCCGCGACGAGCGCCGUGACGAGCGCCGCGAUUGGCGGGACGAAUGGCGGGGCAUCGACACCAGCCGUUGGCAGGGUCCCUCCAGCUUGGAUGUCGAUCGGGGACGAAGUCGCGGAAUCCAUCAGACCGUACCUGCAUGGAUUCGUGACAAGGAGCAAGAGCCGCCAGCACCGGCCAAGUUGAAGGGAGAUCCAGGCAUCAGACAAGAUGUGAAGACUGGCAAGAUGAGGCUGAAUGAGUUUCUGGCGAAAUACUGCCCCGCUCCUUCGCAAAGAGAUCUGGACUUCGACACUACCCAAGCACCAGGGCCAUCGGGUACGCCGCUCUUCGUUUCUACGCUGCUGCUGAAAAACCUCGGUGGCCGACCUGGCGAAAGGAUGGCCUUCUGUGGGGAGCAGAAACCCAACAAGCAGGAUGCAGAGCAUUCAGCCAGCGAUGCAGCCCUGCGAUACUUGACCACUUUGCCAGGUGCGCCGAUGAUCGCUGUGCCACCUCCCGAGACGCCGAGUCCGACGCCAGCGCCCUCUGCCGCUGGCGCUGCGGCAGAGGGCGCUGCGUCAGCACUGGCAACGCUGCCUCCACCCGUGGAGAAAUUUACGAAUCCCAAGGGGACCUUGCAAGAGAUCGUCUUGAAAAAGAUGAGACGGCAGACCCCGCAGGAUUUAUUCUACGAGCCCAUUCUGUUGGAGAAUGGCUACAUCAUUCGACUUCGAGUGGGUGCUCAUGUUGUAGGAGGUGAGGCUUUGACCAUCGACAGCCGGCCCUUUCCAAUCAAGACGAAGAAAUGCGUCAAGGAAGCGGAGGAGGAAGUCGCUUCCAUGGCACUGCAGCGUCUGAAUGCUGGAAGCGCUGUGCUGCCCGCUGCCGCUGCGCCGCCGAAGGCUUUGAUGGAUCAGGCGCCCACCGAAGCGCCUGCAGCGGCAGCAAUGUUGAACCAGGAGGUUGGCGUCGGAGCUUCCACGCAUACCAGCUCAGACGGUCGAGCAGACACUGAGCAGGACGUGAAGGAAGAAGAAAAACCUCCCGAGGACCAGGAUGAUGGGACUGUAAAGGCGAGCCAGACCUGGGGAUGCGGCGUUGGGUUCCACUGCGAUGGAUAG